AUGCGGUAUCAAUAUAUUGGACGUACGCACGAUUUCGCUGGAAAAACGCUGUGGGAAAUACUUGGGAACUUAAAAAAUUAUGGAGUAGGACGACUUAUAAUUAGACAUAGGUUUCAAAGCUAUCCCGAACCCUGUUACAUCAAAAUAUUAAAAGUUGCUGCACUGCCGAAUCCAGUCGUCGAAAUAAGACCUGCUUUCAUCAAUACACUGUGGGAGCGUACAUGCUUGGUUCUCUGUGAACGAGUUUUCCGAGGUAAAAAAUCCGAACAAUUGAUGCAAAUCAGCUCAGCGUCGUACAAAACUGAUUACCAAUUAGUGCCUAAAGACGAAGAAUAUAAAUAUAUAGAUGCUACUAAACCAAGGGAAGAAGUCGUUAUUUCAAGAACAAUGGAAGUUCCUCCGUUGUUACGAGAAGUUGCAAUUAGAAACCUCAAAGCGAAAGGAAAACCUGUCACUGAACCGCAAAUGGAUGUUAUUUUAAAUGAAUUCGGAAUUAAAACUUAUAGACUUGCUAAAGAAGGUGAAAAACCAACGUAUGUACCAACAAUUGGAAUUGGAAAAACGCCAAGUCCAAGUUUAUAUGCUAAUUGUAAACCAAUAUAA